UUGGACUCAUUGUGCACUCUUGUCACCAUAGCAACCAUUAGUUUUCACCUGUCACGUCACGCACCUGUUUCACGUUUCGAGUCACGCACCUGCUUUCACUAAUCAUGUCCAUAGUAUUUAAGUUCAUUCAUUUUCUGUUGUUCGUUCUGACGACAUCCCCGCAUUUAUGCUCCUGCACUCUCUCCACACCCUGAUGACCCUUGCUACUCUUUUUUUCAUGCCGGUUCCAUGCCAAAGUGGAAAAAGGGGGAGCAGGAAGUGAUGUCACAGAAUUGCAGGCUGCUCAUUGGACACGAGACGGACAGCUGCUAUAAAACCUGACAUGAAGCCUGCACACGGCGACAGACCAACGGAUACGUUGAAGAUGUACCUGUGUGGCAGUCUGCUCUUUAUCUGUCUGCUGGUCAUCACUGUCAACCAACACUACGCAGAGGAGAACACACACCAGCAGCAUGCAAACGGGUCAAAGCUGGGCGUGAAUAUGGAGAACGAAGUCAAGGAGCCAAAGAGGAGGAGUUUUCCUGUCAGCGUCUCUCCUUUGGAGCGUCGGUCCGUCGGCGUCGCGGCCAGCAAACAAGCAUCGAGCAGUAGACAAGUCAUUGAGUUGCCACGGCGACGGCUGCGUCUCCCUCCCAUGGACAGGAUCGGAAUGCAACACCUGCCAAACAGGAGAGGAUAGGCUACUGUCGGAGGCAGAUAUUUACAUAUAUCCGUAUUUAAGUGUUACUUCUUUAUUUUCAUAAUCAUAUUACAAAACAGAUAGUGUUUUUCUUCCAAUUGUGGUCUUUUGGUUGUCUGCAAAUACUGUGUGCUAACCUUG